UACAACAGCCAGUUGAUUCAAAGCGGAGCGAUUCGUGGAUUCGUUGUCAUCGUGUCGUCGUCGUUUUUGUCGUUGAUUUCCGUUUGUGCAUGCAGAUAAAGCCAGGUCUUGACUAGAUUCUCGACUAGGCCUACAAUCGAAACCGAAAAACCGAACUCGGCUAAUGGAAAAUAAACAAACAAACAAGGCCCAAAUUUUGUUUGCCGCGCAUUAAAAAAUAUCUAAAACCUUGCCAGCAAAUCUUGGUGUUUUAAAAAUGAGUAUUACCUAAAAAAAAAAACUAAAAUAUAUCAGUGCGGUUAUUAAAUACAAAAUCGUUAACAAAGCAGUUGAAGAAAGUCAACUAGAAAGUGCAAGAAAAAUUGAAACAAAACCGAGCGAAAACAAAAGUAUUUGGUGCUAGCGCAUUAAAGUGAUUUUCACAGCGUGUGUUUCUUGGGAUAAGCGAAAAGCCAGCAAAAUUUACUGCUUUGGAAACUCAGCUCUCAACAUAAAAACCAGCAUCGAUACCGUUACCGAAACGGGCAGCACCAUCAACAUCAACCCCCCCAGCGGCACCACCCACCUCCAGAUUCAGCACCACCAGGUUCAGCACCACCCCCAAAACAGUGCGAGAAUGCUGUUCGAGAAUCCGGCGGUUGCGGCCAAGUUGCCCUUUCCGUACAACGUGCCCCCGCCUCUGCAGGCGGCGGCGGCAGCAGCGGCGGCUGUCCCAAAUCUAAGGUUUCAGACACCCAUUAAAGCGUUUGCCUGCCUGACAGCAGCCACAAGGUCAGUAUCGGAGAUGAACGCCACUUCUCUAUAUGCCGGCAAUCCCAUGGAGAACGCGGCCGCAGCCGCUGCCGCCGCAGCAGCGGGCUUGAUUGAUCCACAUCACAACCGGGAUUUGCACCAGGCAUUGGUGGCUUCGAUAGCCAACAAUGGUGUGGCCGCCAUUGGCGGUGGCUUGACCACAGCGGCGGUCUUGAAGAGUGCCGCCCAGCAGCAGCAGCAGCAGCAAGCACAGCAACAACAGGCUGUGGUGCAACAGAGCCAGAACUCGGUGGUCGUGUCCUCUGGCCAGGAUCAGCCCAAACAGGAGCAGGCCCAACAGGCCGCCUUGGCGCUGCUCAAGGAGAACGUGAAUGCCUCGGCUGGGGCAGGACAGAAUAAUGGCCAGGUCGCCCUGGGGGGCAGCAACAAGAGCGGCUCCUCCGGCCGAUCCACACCCAGUCUGAGCGGAGGCAGUGGCUCCGAUCCGGCACCGGGCAAACUCUUUGUCGGCGGUCUCAGCUGGCAGACAUCGUCGGAUAAACUCAAGGAAUACUUCAAUAUGUUUGGCACCGUCACCGAUGUGCUCAUCAUGAAGGAUCCCGUCACCCAGCGCAGUCGCGGCUUUGGUUUCAUCACAUUCCAAGAACCCUGCACCGUGGAGAAGGUCCUCAAGGUGCCCAUUCACACACUCGAUGGCAAGAAGAUCGACCCCAAGCAUGCCACCCCAAAGAACCGACCCCGUCAGGCCAACAAGACCAAGAAGAUCUUUGUGGGCGGCGUCUCGCAGGACACCUCCGCCGAGGAGGUCAAGGCCUACUUCAGCCAGUUUGGUCCCGUCGAGGAGACGGUCAUGCUGAUGGACCAGCAGACGAAACGCCACCGUGGCUUCGGAUUCGUCACCUUCGAGAACGAGGAUGUGGUUGAUCGCGUCUGCGAGAUCCACUUCCACACCAUCAAGAACAAGAAGGUCGAGUGCAAGAAAGCCCAGCCCAAGGAGGCGGUCACCCCGGCUGCCCAGCUCCUCCAGAAGCGCAUCAUGUUGGGCACCCUGGGCGUACAGUUGCCCACAGCUCCGGGUCAGCUGAUUGGAGCCCGCGGCGCUGGCGUGGCCACUAUGAACCCUCUGGCCAUGCUCCAGAAUCCCACACAGCUGCUGCAAUCCCCGGCAGCAGCCGCCGCCGCCCAGCAGGCCGCCCUCAUAUCACAGAAUCCGUUUCAAGUACAAAACGCCGCCGCAGCAGCCUCGAUGGCCAAUCAAGCGGGCUUCGGCAAGCUGUUGACCACAUAUCCGCAGACCGCGCUGCACAGCGUCAGGUAUGCACCCUAUUCGAUCCCCGCCAGCGCCGCCACUGCCAACGCUGCCCUGAUGCAGGCCCAUCAGGCGCAGAGCGUGGCCGCCGCUGCCCAUCAUCACCAGCAGCAGCAACAGCAGCAGCAUCACCACCAGCAGCAGACCCACAACGCCCAUGUGGCCGCCGCCCAGCAGCAGCAACAGAGCCACCAGCACGCCGUCUCCAACUCCGCUUCGCAGGCGCACUCGGCGGCAGCGGCUGCCGCUCUGGCGGCCAAUGCCGCGAAUGGAGCCGGUGCCGCUGGAGCCCACAGCCUGGCCGCUGCCGCCCAGCAGGCGGGUUUGAUGGCCGGCAAUCCCCUGAAUGCCGCUGCUGCCGCCGCCGCCGCUGCUGCCAAUCCGGCGGCUGCCUACCAAAACUACGCCCUGGCCAAUGUGGAUAUGUCCAGCUUCCAGGGCGUCGAUUGGAGCACCAUGUACGGCAUGGGCAUGUACGUCUAAGACGCGGGUUUUGUUUGGUAAUUUGAAUGAAACACUCACCAUACACCAUACUCCACCACCCCAUACACUCACUCACUCUCAUGUGAAACACCACCACCCCUAGUUGUAGUCCCAUACGAAAUCCACAUGGCCCCCAUCCAUAAAUAUUCAUAGAACCACACAGAAACACUCUCUCAUACGAAGUUGGUUUUCCUUUGAGUUUGGCUUAGUUAGUAGUCCGCAACACGGAAGGCAAAUUAAGUAUUAUAUUUAAGGAGCCCUCGGGCGAGUUCAAUAAAUACUAACUAAUAUAUAUAUAUACAUAUAAAAAAAAUCAUAAGCAAUAUAAGCAACAAACAAACAACAAAAAAAGGAAGCAAAGCAAAGCGAAAUCGAGGAAAAACAAAAUUCAAAACCAAAAAGCAAAAAUUACGGAGCGAUAGAGAAGCAAAAGAAGGAAAACACAUUAAAAACCACCGAUUGUGAUUGCGUUUAAAUGUAGCCGUUAAUAUAUAAUUUUUAGUGCAUAAAAAACCAUUAAACCUAAUCCUAAAUUAAAAUAAACAAAUAAAAAACUAAAAGUAAAUAUAUAUAUAAAUACAUAUUUAUGAAAAGCAAGAGCAAGGAAUGAAUCUUAUAAGUUGACUCACGCUCGAUUAAUCAAGAAAGGCGCUCAUUAUUUAAAAAUUAAAGAAAUCCUUAUGUUUUUGGAGCCGUAAACUCAACUGAAAUCCAUGAGAAACUACUCCUGCAAGGGCAGUAUUAAGUAAUCGAAUGAAACUGCAAAAGAAAACAUUUUGCUCAAGACAAAGAGUUAUUAAUUAAUGUUUAAACCAAGCUAACCAACUAAAGCGAUGAAACCCAAAAUGAAACUAUUAUUUUAGAGGUUUAGUUGAGUUCGAAUUUAAUUCAUCCAGCAUAGAUUACAACAACAGAGUUAACCAAUCACCAACGAACAUCACCAACUCACGUACACAAACACUCGAAAACCCCCAUCCCCCUAUAUCUUCUAUCUCCCUAACUCUGUUCUUUGUACUUAAUAAUAUAACAUAAAACAAUACAAAUACCACAACGAACAAACCAAAUUUCUGUUGUGUUUUGUGUGUGCGACUCUUAUUUGAUUUAGUUUUAGAACUAGUUUAGUCUCCACUCAAUCUCAACCAUUUGUAGCAAGUAACUCAAUAACAUUUGUUGAAUAUUUUGGCAUUUGCAUAUUACUAUUAUUAUAAUUUUGACCGACAGAAAGUUCUCUGGACUAGAGCGGCCUAUUUUAUAUUUUAUAAGACAUUCAAGUGAGAACGACUCCUUAGGGCAGUGUACUAAUCUUCUAGAUUUUGAACCCUCUUUCCAAUUCGUAUUUCAUUUGCAUAACCAUCCAAGCAACUCAUGAACCAGGUAAUAUUACUUUACUGUAGCUUAUUGUUUUAAAUGGCACAAUCUUAGUUCUUAAUAUUAUUUUGUAAUUACCUUAUCUGUAGCAUUUGCAUUUGAUUUUGCAUUCGACAAAUACUUCACCCAUUGAAACCAAGAAAAACAAAUCGAAAUAAGAAUAAAACCGGAGCAGAUGCUCCUGGAUAGUUAUGUAUUUGUCUCAUUUGAAUCGCUUGCAUGUUUAAAGUUUAAUUUUAGUUACUAGUUAUCAUUUGGAAAGUAAUAUUUUGCGUAUGUAAAUAUUUAGUUUAUAUACAUUACACACAUACACACACACACAUUAUAUGGAAAACAAUGAAACAUUUGAAGUAAUUUUUUGUGUUUAAUAAAAACCAACGAACAAAACAACAAACAACUUUGCCAUGAGUUGAGCAAACAUUUGUGUUUUCUUAUGAUUUGAUUAAUUUGACUGUAAAUAUUUGACCACAUUAUAAACUGUAUUAUUUGAUUUGAUUUACCUCGUAAACCACACUCUGUAUCUGUUGUUGUGCUGUGCUGUCUUUCUCUCUAUUUAUCUGCUCCUCUCACCCAUGUGUAGAACUUAUUACAUUUCGAUGCAUUUGCCAGUACCAAAAAGUAAACGAUUGUGGAGAAUUGUUUUUAAUUCCUGUAGACUUUCGCCUCGAGGGGUGAGUAUUAUGAUGUAAUAUCGUUUCGUAUACCAAAGAUUUUGCAUAUUAACCAAAAUUCCAUUCACAUUUGCUGGGCCGAAUUCGAGGCUCGAGUCCCAUUCACCCAUGUGCAGAAACUAAUUUAUUUAUUUAUUGUUAACGCUUAAGACUCUAACACAUUCCACACGUGCUAUGGUGCCAUUUACUUAUCAAUAUGAAUAUUUAUAAUUUUCUUAACUCCUCUGUCAGUUCUCGAUCUCAGAACAAUUGCUUUUAGCAUAAGAUUGAUUUUACCCUGCCCAUCCAAGAAGAAUACGAAAAAUUCCUUUUUACUACGUACACAUGUUUUGUUCUAUUGACAUAAUUUAUAAACAAACCAAAUAAAAAUAUUUAUAUUUGAUUACUGCAUUUUCCAUUUAUUUAUAUUAGCCUAAAAAGCAAGAAGUCAAAAAAUGUUAUCAUAGCUGCCUAUGUUUAUUGUAAUACUUCGAAAGUAAUUUAAAAUUUUUGGUUACUUUUCCGUAUGCUUCAACAUUAAGUCAGAGCGAAAAAAAAGUCGGCCAAUUUCAUAGUUUUUCGUAUUGUAACAGUUGCAACAGUCUGAAUUCGAUAUAAACAACAAUAUGUCUCUUAUAUCCAAUGAAAUGUUUUGUUUUCCAUACUCGUACCAAAAAUAUAUACCCAAAGUAGAAGCUUGCUAAUUUUGAUAUACAUAGUAACCAGAUUGAACAUACUUAAAUAGCGCUCUCUGUAUAAAUAUAUACAUAUACAUAUAUAUAUUUUUUGAAUACCAAUAUUAAUAGAAUAGUAGCUUGUGGUACUCUUCUUGCCACCUAACAGAUGAUUCUGCCCCAUCCUUGGCCUCGUGGCGUGUCCAGACUUUCUUAAAUGAUUUUGAGUGUUGGGCCUCUCGAUAUAAUAUUACGCUGAACGUUGAUAAAACGCAACAAGCCACCUUUGCUCUUCGACCUGGCCGCUCCCAUAGCCUUUACUUAGACGGUGAUAGACUUAAGCAUGAGCAGAAAGUAACGCACCUCGGUGUUACCCUAGACCGCCUUCUAUGCUGGAAGAGUCAGAUCGAUCGAGCAAGGACGAAACUGGGCAAAAUGAACUGGCUACUUCGCCCAGGUAGUGGAUUAUUCCUUCAGGCUAAAGUAAGGCUCUUCAAAGCCAUUGUUCUCCCGACCCUUAAUUGGGGUAUAACAUGCUGGGGCAUCGCUUGCGACAGGUCGUUAAGAAGCGUACAAACUUGCAUCACAAAGGCCCUACGGAGGAUGCUUGGGGUGAAGUGGCACCAUUAUGUCAAAAAUAGCGUUUUAUUUCGUGACACGGGAGUACCAACCGUUACUGAGAUGAUAACACAAUUCUCAAAUCGCUAAAGAGAUCGCUUACUGGUGCAUUUAGACCGCCUGGCCAGACGUCUUGCCACACCCCUGGGUCAACGUCGUCUCCGCAGACGACACCCAUCAGACCUAUGGAUCCUCGGCCGUGAUAGACAUGGGCGACUUUUAUAAUUUACAUUUUUUUAACCAGCUAUAGAAUAUGCCCCACUGUCGCUUCACCCACCCGUUGAUUUCGCGAUUUUUUUGUUUAAACAACAUUCAACAUGAAAACAAGAACCUUACUUGUUAGGCAUGUUACAUAGACUUAUAUCAAAAAAAAAAGAAUAUUUAAUAAUUAAAUUGCUCAAAAUGGAGGGUUGGUUGAUAUGAAUUUUAGUAAGAAUCCAAAACUUAAAGGGAAUCCAACUCCAAAAAACCACAUAAUUAUUACAAAUAAAAAAGUAACUUUCGAAAAUCUAAAAUCUAUUAUAAAGUCAAUCUUAAAAAUAUUUGAGUACUCUAUUCUCGGGAACAGAAACAAAAAGUACACUUGCAUAUCAGCCAGCCCCCAAACCCUCGUACAUUUUACAAAUAGAAUCUGUAUUUUUGAUGUGUUUUCGUGUGGUAUAGCGUCAUCAAGAUAGUCGGUUUUCAGUCAUUAUUUAUUGGCCCAAAAACUACAUUAAGAACUUGCUGUAAUAUAAUACCAACUUUACACACUGCGAAUUGGAUUUUAUAAUUUCGUUUGACUUGUAGGUUGACAACCAACUUAUUGAAAUACAAGAUAUUUAGAUAAACCUAGUUAUUUAUUCCUAUAUAAUAGUUAUUUACACACAUUUAUGAAAAACGCAUGAUGAAACAUGUACAGUAGUCAAUUGAGAAACAUCCCUUAUAUAUACAACGGCAAUCUCCAAGAUUAUGCAGAGACAACCCCAUAUCAUCUGUCACAGUUGUACCCCAAGUCAAGAUCCCAGAAGUCCCACAUUAGCAAGACAUUAGCAUUAACUACGUACAUAAUACCUACAUCAUACACACAUACAUCAUAUGACAAUAAGAUCAACUGUGUUUCAGCAUUCAAGUGUCAGUAUUCGUAAACCAAAUUACCUAACAAACUUAUACUAUGUAAUCGACAAGGAAACCAAUCCUAGGGAACCUUUUGGAUUUGGAUUCGGAUUGAACGGCGUUUUUAAAAAUUGGAAUAGUUGGGUUAGGAUAGCCUUUGAAACAAGUUCUCCCGUGCAACUCAAGUGGCGAAAACUUUAUAGAUAUUUACAUGCAUACAUAGAAACAUAUAUAUACAUACGAUGAUAUUUAGCAAGACCGUGAUAUAUUCAAUUAGUAAAACAAAACAAAAAAUUCUAUAUUAUAUGUAUAUAUCAAUUAUAUAUUGAGGCGUCUCUCAAAAUGUGUCAAAUUGCGUACUAAGAGUAGAAUUUUUGGUAUACCCAGGAAAACCCAGGGAAAAAACAAAGUAAACAUUUCAUCAACUGUUGUUGUGAAGGCUACAAAACAACGCAUAUCACUUUGAUGGUGUCAAAACCCAGAGUUUUCGAGUUUUACCCAAGAAAAACCCAAAUCGAAUGUUAAACUGAAUUUGUGAAAAGAGGUUUGCUGAAGAAUUCUCCAGAGAAUCUUUUUAACCAAUCAACAAAAACGAGAAAACAGCGCAAGAAACUAGAUUUCAUUUUGGAUAUGGUUUUAGAUGACCGACUACGAGUGCAUCCAAUAAUGUAUUGUUGAUUUGAGUGACUCAUGAGGACCAAAUUUUUAGCGAAAUUCAGAAAUCAGGUUUUUAGAUCAUAAAAAAGGUAAAAAUCAUACCCAAAUUUAACUAGUUUAAUUAGAGUCUCUUUAUUUGAUAACCUGGAAUUUUUUGGCUUCUUGCUUAUUUUUUGGCGUUGUUAUAUUUUUCUUAUCAACCAAGCGCUAUGAAUAACACCGACACUAAUACAACCAACACACCCCCACACACUCUCAACAAGCUAGUCAAUUGAUGUGCAUAGGCACAAACUAAGUCUUUAUAAACAAAUGCAAAAAGUGGUAAGUAAAAAGUGAACAACCAACAAUAAAAUUUAAGGGAAAAUUUAAACCAAAAAUCGAACGUACACAAUAAAAUCUAAAAGCAAUUAUUUCCCUUGACUAACCCUGGGAAAUAAAAAAACAACAAAACAUAUAAAUCACAUUGAAAAUGCUCUAAGAAACGUUUAAUUUAAUUUAUCUUAUUGAGAAUUAGUUGGUAAGCUUAAUAUUAAGUCCAAGUGUUAAAUAAUUUCGAAGCAAUGCGUACAAAAGUAUUCACGAGAUACUUUUACGAACAGGCUUUAUAUUUAUCAAUUGCUAAAAUUAUAUUUAAAUGCGUAAUAUAUAAUUAAGAAACCGUGAAUGGCUACUUUUGCUCAUUUCAGAUGCUUAACGAAAUGCUAAAAUCAAAGACAAGAAAAGUCGUAUUCAAACCUAAUUUAAGUGUUAAGCAAGACAAAUUCAAAUAUACUACAAAAAAUGCAUAAAAAUUAAACCAAAAAAAUAUAUACAAUAUAUAUAUAUUUAAAAAGGAUCAUGUUUUCUUAUAUAGCAAGGAAGGAUGAUUACUUUAACUGGCUCGUAACAUAUCAAUUCUACUGAGCUAUAUUUUGAAAUGGAAUGCAAAUUAAAACGAACGAAUUCAACACCAAGUUCAAUUGAUACAACCGUGGUUUUUUUUAUUAAGGCUAAAUACAAUAUAAAUCGUGAAGUAAAUACUCAAAAACUGAGGUGAGUAAAAUCGCUAACGAAAUUUUAGCAGAAAGCCUUGCUAAGACUUUCCUAAUCGAAAACAUAACUUAGACUCGUCUUCCAGCAACUAAUUGAAAUGAAAAAAGUUCUUACACCAAUAGUGACAACGGGAGAAAGAAAUUUUAGGGAUAAUAAAGUUCAGUUAUGUUUUGUCUAAAACCCCCAAUGAUUUCAAAACCAUUUCAAGGGGCAGACCGAGCUCAGCUUUUGGCUAUACUUGUUACACGUAAUCAAUCAGUACAAUUUUUGCAACGAGGAAUUUUAACGAAAAACAACCAUAUGACGGAGAAAUGGUAUAGGACCUUGUUUUGAAUUUUGAUUUCAGGUUCUGCCGCCUAAUAAGGUUCCAAACACACAGAUCGUUUCGACCCCUUACUAAACAAAAAUCGCAGACGGGUGGAAAACUCCUCUUACUAACUGUUGUAAAUUUGUUUCUCCAAAGAUUGGAAUGAAGGUCAAGGAAAGAUAAAAAACAAACUAUAUAAACGAUAAGCAAGUGCAUUAUAUUGAACGAUUUGGUAAACAAUACGAAAGAUAGCAAUAAGUUUUCAUAUACAUAUAUAUAAACGAUAUAACUUCUAGGCCAUAAGCAAACCAGUAUGAAACCCUUUGAAUUGAGUUUGGCUUGGGCUCAGAAUCAUACCCAUAGAUCAGAAAGUAUGCAGUUCUAUUGUAACAGCCAAGCUUAUAUGCAUUUCUUUACGAAAUGUUUAUUAUUUGUUUAGCCUGUAACGAGAAAUGGAUAUAUUAUAUAUACAACACCCUGUAUCUUGUAACUGUAACAUGUAACUGCUGUCGCUCUAUUUCUCGCUCUAUACUUGUAGCGAUGUUUAGACACCAACAUAUAUACUGAAACACAAUAUAUAAUUCUUUCGAUAUAUACAAAGGACAUGUAAACGGUAUUUACUCUUUUAGCCCAAAAUCCCCGAAAUACCCAAAAUCCAAACCGAAAAAAAUCAAACAAAUUGCUGACAAAAAUAUAAUGUGAACCCUUUGUGUAAUUUUCCUUUUGAAAAUCUUCUUGGCAUAAACCCUUUUUGAAUUGAAUUGAAAUGAAUAAAUGAAAUGUGAAAGAAAAUUUUACAAAUA